CCCAAUCCAGCAGUCAUGGCGGUCUUGAAAGUCCACGGUAGCCCGUUCUCCACGGCAACGAUGCGAGUUGUCUCUGCGCUCUACGAGAAGGGGCUUGAGUUCGAGUUCGUUUCGAUUGACAUGAAGGUCGGCCAGCACAAAUCGGAGGCUUUCCUUGCUCUCAAUCCAUUUGGUCAAGUUCCAGCCUUUGAAGACGGAGACCUGAAGCUCUUCGAAUCAAGGGCCAUCACACAAUACAUCGCCCACGAGUACGCGUCAAACGGGACUCAACUGAUAUGCCCAGAUUCAAAGAAAAUGGCUAUCAUGUCAGUGUGGAUGGAGGUGGAGGCCCAUCAGUACGACCCCCAUGCCGCCAAGCUCUGUUUCGAGCUAUGUAUCAAGCCAAUGCUCGGCCUGACCACUGACCCGGCUGCAGUGGAGGACCUAGAGGCCAAACUCGGCAAGGUUUUGGAUGUGUACGAGGCUCGGUUGACUCAGUCCAAGUACUUGGGCGGAGACUGCUUGGGGCUGGCCGACCUUCACCACCUCCCCACCCUACACUACUUGCUGGGCAGUUCAGCCAAGAAGCUCUUUGACUCGCGUCCACACGUGUCCGCUUGGGUCGCUGAUAUCACCACCAGGCCUGCUUGGGCCAAGGUGAUUGCCAUGCAGAAGAGUUAAGAGAAAAAAAAUUGUGGCUUUGCCCUUGAGUUUUUGUGUGCGUGUAUGUUUCCUAAUAAAAUUUGCAGUGGAUAAUAACUGUGGAUUGGAUGAAUUCAAGUCCUUGAAUUCAAUCCAUACCUGAGAGUGAGAGAAAAUUUGUAGUGAAAGAUCUCAUGAUUUGAUUUGAUGUUUUCGUAUUUUGAGUGCUGCUACAGUCAUUCCCAUAAUUUAAAUUUUGUGGAGACAAGAGAUAUUGUUAUAGUAUAAAUUAUUCUUCUCUUUUCUCAAGUGAUUUGAUAAA